AUGUCGUCUUAUCAAUCAUAUGGUGGUGUUGCUUAUACAAAUCUAAGUUCAGCAGCAAGCGUCUCUGCUGAUCUGAUUGCACACCGUGGUAUUUGGCGUAAAAUCAUAUCCAUAAUUGUGUUUAUGGGAUUUUUGAUUACAUCAUGGGCUACUAUUGUACUACAUGUGAUAAAUUUUACAAAUGAAAGUAUUUUAGAGCUAUCUGUUUCAGUUUCGGUUCUAAUAGCUGGACAAUAUAUAAUAACGGGUAUUGUUGAUGGUAUCAUUUAUUGGAGACGUUGGAAUGCAUCAAGUCAACGUCAACGUACAAAAAUACAAGAACAAAAUAAAGAAGCAUGGGUAGUUAUGCGAAUUACAUUGACAGUUUUAGGAAUGGCUCCAAUUGCAAGAUAUAUUGAAUCUUUGGUCGUAGUAAGAAGAAUGAUUAGUUUAGAAAAACAAUAUAUGUCUGAAACAAUAGCCUUAGUUAAAGAAGUUCAACAACCAUCUAAUCUACCAAGUGGAUCAUUAAUUAGUGUACCAAUAACAAAUACUCAAUUAUCACAACAAAGGAAAACACCUGAUAUUACUAAUAAUCCUGCAAAAAUGAAACAGUUAGAUGCUGGUCUUCAAUGUGUACGUCGUGUAAGACGUCAAUUUUGUCGUACAGAACAUGAUGCAGCUAUCAUAGCUUUAACUAGUGGUGUAAUUGGUGCUGGACCGUAUGCAAUAGCUCAAGGUAUAUUGUUCUACAGAAGAGAAACAAUGCUCUUUUUUAUGACACUUGAUACAAAAAUUAUACUACUGAUAUGCACAAUAUUUUGUAUGUUAUGGAUAAGUACAAGUUUUACACAUUUUUAUCCAGUACAAUAUCAACAAAAUGAAUUAGAAUUUGAACGUGGUAUUAAACAAGUUCAUAUUGGUAGAUUAAUAUUAUUAUUUAUUAUACAUUUAAUACAUAUUACAUUACGUUGUAUAUCAAUUGCAUUAUUUACUGGACGAUUUUAUCUAAUGAUAUUAAUUAUAUUAAUUGGACAUUUUUUAAUUGUUUUAAUAACAAUUAUUAUUGCUAGACAAUAUACUACUCAUAUAGAUCAUUUAAAUCAACGAACUAAUACACAUGGUGAUAUCUGUGAAAAUUUCUUCAUUGAUCUACUUCAUUCUUAUAUUAGUUUAUAUGAAUUUUUUAAUGCUGGUAUAAAAUAUACACGUACAAGAUAUUUAAUUUAUUAUUUCUUUUAUUAUAUAGAAAAUUCUAUAAUGAUUGGUCUAUGGUAUGAUUAUUAUCAAUAUCCUGAAUCAUGGUAUUAUUUACCAUGUUUAUUAGUUGUUAUAUUAGUACAAUUAUUAGGUUUUAUUCUAUUACAAAUAUAUCUUUAUGUUUAUUCAAAAUCACGACGUAAAACAACAUUAUGUGGAUUAUGUUUUAUGCAUAAAUCUGCGGAAAUCCCAAAAGGACAACAAUUAAUACAACAAAAAUCUUUAACAGGUCUAAGAGGCAGUGAAUCUCUCUAUCGUAUUAAUCAUAAUCAUAAUCAUAACCAUAAUUCAUCGGUAAGAACUGAUUUGAAUAUACCACAAUCAUUAACAAAUUUAAAUCGACAACAGUCAAAUACAUUAUUAAACAGUUAUCCAUCUAUAGACAAUAUUAAUUAUACAAAAUCAUUACCUAAACGUGUACACAAUGAUAGCGGUAUAUAUGAUCCAAUAUUUGGUGAACAAAUAAUACAAUCUGCUGUACCAAUUCAAUCACGUAAUCAUAGAAAUAAACAUCAACAAUUUGUAGAAAUGAAUAAAUCCAAACAAAAAUCAUUAUCUGAAUUAACUACUUCUAAUAAUUAUGAUAUACAAUCAAGAAUAAGUAAACAAUUAAAUGAAACACAACAUAAACAAUUUGAUUCAUUUGAGAAUCAUGUAAAUUUAAGAAAGAAACCAUUAUCAUCUAGUGAACGAUUAAUUUCACAUAGAAAUCAAUCAACAAAUAAACUAUUAUUACAAUCACAAGAAAUACCAUCAUCCAUAGUAACCAAUACCAAUGUACAAUGUUUAUCUGAUAAUAUGAUACAAUCAACAGUGAAAAAUAGUAAUUCGAGGAAAACAAACAAAAAUGUUAAUCGUCAUCAUCAUCAUCAUCACCACCAACAUCAUCAAGGUAUUAGAACUUCACAUCGUAAUAGUGAUACAGUAAGUAGUCGGACAAUAGAAAGACACUACACUACUCAUAAAGAAUAA